AAAGAAGCUACUGAGAGAGAAGCUUGAUUCUUGAAUCUUUUCUUCUUCAUCAUCAAUGGCUUCGUCGGCUGAGAUAGAGAUCGUUUCCAGGAUUCAGAACUACCUUGGAAUAAGAACCGUAUAUCCAAAUCCUAAUUACAUGGCAGCCGUAGAAUUCAUUAUCGGCCAGGCUCAUUUCAUCUUUCUCGAAACUCAUUGUAUCGAACUCGUCAAGGGAAAACCAAUCGUUCUCCUGAAAUGGAUUGGUUCAGUUCCUUCGUUACCUGCGAUUCUCUUGAACUCGUACUUUGAUCCCGCCCCCUUUGAGGUAGACAAGUGGGAACAUCCUCUGCUCGGAGCAGAGAGGGAAAAAUAUGAAAAAAUGUACGCAAGAGAAACUCAGUAUAUGAAGAGCGUUGGGAUGCAGUACUUAGAAGCCAUUCGCAAGCUCAGAUCUUCUGGAUUUAAGCCGCUUCGAUCCGUCUAUGUAACGUUUGUUCCCGGUGGCUUCGAUGGGGUCGCCAAGUUGGUGGAAUCGCAAAUCUUCAAGAACUUGAACAUUGCCAUCGUCCUCGAGCAAGGUUUACCAUCUCCAACGAAUAGCUACAGGGUGUUCAAUGGAGAGAAGAUUCAGUGAGCUUCUCAGUUUGAUCAAGUCAAAGCUGGUUUGAAGGCGGAAGACCAUAUCAUCUCCGUCAACAUGGUUUUCCUCAAAGCUGGCACUCCUACUCACGAUCAUGGCUUUGUAAUGAACCUGCAACCAUCUGAGGCGGCAGCUGGUUUCGACAUUCAUGUCCCACCCACUGCUGAUCCUGAAGCACUAGAAAGACGUUUGGUGGAGGAAUGGGCACCUGCUGCUCGGAACAUGUCCUUUAAGCUUUCGAGGACCGACCAGGAUCUUGCAGGGAAUCAGUUAGUUACAGCAACAAAUGCUUCAAAUCCAUGGUUGGAACUCCUACAAAAUGCUGUGGAACAAGCUGGAGGGAUGAUUAGUGAGCCUGAGAUUCUCCUUGUCUCAACAGAUUCUUGGUAUUUCCGGAAAGCUGGCUUGCCUGCAAUUGGAUUCUCCCCUAUGUCAAACACCUCGGGUUUGCUUCAUGAUCACAAUGAGUAUCUGAGUCAAUCUGAGUACUUGAAGGGCAUUGAUAUCUAUGUCUCAAUCCUCAAGGCUUACACAUCAUAUGCUUCACCUGAAUGAGAGUGUUUCAAGAGAUGAGCUACAAGGGUCUGUGUUCCACACAGUUCCUUUUUUGUAUCAUCAAUAAGAAUAAAACUCAAUCAUGUAA